ACCACUGUGACAGAGACACUGUGGAAGAGUCACAUAUCAGAGGAAGCCUUGCUACUGACAACACACCCUCAGGUCUUGCAACUGCCACCAUGGGGGCUCUGCUGUGGGAUCUCUUGCUGCUGUGUUUGUUUGCCCACGUGCUCGGCGACUGUCAGAGGGACUGCCUGAGCUGCAACAGACACUUGUACAACCAACAGGACAACUUCAACGUUCUCGUCUGCAUCAUGGAGUGCGAAGGGAAGGCCUUUUCGAGUACCACCUGGGAGCUUUGCACCAAAGUGGCUGGGAAGUCGUCCCUACAGGUGAGCGCUGACAGCCUGGAAGAAGAUUCCUACCAGCCCUUAGAGAUGGACGAUAGUGGCCUGUUCGGAGGCAGCCGGAAGCACUUCGAUGACCUCACCAAAGUGGUGGAUCUUAGCAAAGUGGAAGGUGAGAAGAGAGUUUCCAAGGUGAGCAGCCUGAUCCGCCAGCGGGAGGUGGACGAGGGUGUCAGCAAUGGGAGUGAGACCCCGCUGGGUGACUUCCAAGAGCAGCCCAAGGAUAUUUCCAAGCGGCUCGGUGGCUUCCUUAAAGGAAAGUACAGUUACAGGCAGGUGCUGGAGCCCACCGUGCAGGGGGUGCAGAAGCGGUACGGGGGCUUCAUCGGGGUCAGGAAGUCGGCCCGGAAGUGGAACAACCAGAAGAGGUUUAGUGAGUUCUUGAAGCAGUACCUGGGCAUGUCACCGCGCUCCAGCGAGUACGAUAGCUUAACCAAUGACCUGAAUGAACAGAACGAGAUCUAACCGGAAACUCUGUUUCAUGUCACUGACACAUAGUGAAUCGGUUUAAGUCUGCCAUGGCCAAAGAAGUCAACCCCUUCCCUGAUCCCAAAGAGCCUGUGUUAGGAAUGGUUACCAGACAACUGGAUUCAUUGCUGCUCAGAGUCAAGGGGGGAAAGCCGCGUGGUGGUUGUUUCUGAAUCAUCCAAUGUAUUUAUUAAUUCUUCUACAUUUUCAUGGCACUUUUGAAGGCAAAUACAAGACAACUGUCCCUGCCCUGAGCUUACAGUCUAGGUUUACUAG